GACAUCACACAGUGUGAGUGUGUGCUGCUUCAGCCUACACUGGAUCAGAUUCUUUCUUUUCUUCACUCUGAUAUCUGAUCCACCCCUUUCUGCUGUUAUCGGCUCAAAACUGUACCAACACCCAUUGAUGACGAUACCCUAUAUACCCCCAAAUGUUACUACCCACCUCUGGAAAUGUGUACAGUGUAGGUAAUAUGUUUGACAGAUGAAGAACAGACAGAACAGGCUGGAUAAAGUGAGUCCUUCUGGUUGUGAUAUAAGAGGUCCGUUUCACUUGGGCUCUGUGAACGAUACAAUGGCAACAUCUGGCUCCCAAACAGAAGACCCCGAUGUGUCUGAAGUAUGAAUGAGAAAUCGAAUGCCCGAAAGUUGCGGAAUGUGGACAACAACCCCUGCAUUGAGGAGGGUGAUAAUGCACAGAAGUGCCUGGAUGCAUACAAUUAUAAUAAGGACAUGUGCUCUGGAUACUUUUUAUUAUACAAGAAUUGCAGAAAGUACUGGCAUGGCAUAAUGCUACAGCGCAGACGUGAAGGAAUAAAGCCAAAUAUGCCUACAGCUGACGAAAGGGCAGAAAUGAUCGCUGCUUUAGGAGGAAAACCCUACUGACAAACAGACACACAAUGAACUCCAUUUUCCAGUGUGCUCUUCCACUGUUCCAUUUAUUAGUUGAGCACAUAAUGUGCCUCACUGAAGGUGCGGUAUGUGUGGACGAGUGCGUUCUUCCAAAAGAAGACUUAAAAGACGCUGGUCCCUCUGCAACUCAGUGGGUAGUUGUGGGUGAACGUGUGUGUGUUUGGGGGUGUGUGUGUGUGGGUGUGUGUUUGUACAAACUUUAGUGUGUUGAAAUGUAUCCAUAAUGAGUAUUUAAAUACGACCAUGAUGCAAGUGCAAGCCACUGGAUUGAGUGACAUAAAGUGUGUUUACACGCUAAACAGAAUGGCAUUUUUUAUUGGUUGUCAUUAAUCAAAUGUCUGUUAAAUAAACAAUAAGUAAAACUUG